AUUGGUCCCAGAUGCGGAUCCUUCCGCGGCAUUCCUGCCUGCCUUGGCGGCGCCCGGGCAGCCGAAUGCUUUGUCUGCGGGGCUCGCGGCUGGCCCCGUUUGCGUGCUUCGGCAGCGAUCCGAAAGCCUUGCGCGGGAAAACAACAGCAACACUUAGGAGAACAGCCAGUUCCGUCAGUUAUAGAUAUAGGGCUGGAUCCAGACUAAGUCCAUUGAACUUAGGUCCCAGUCAGGAUUUAACACCAGCACCUUCGAUUUCAAGGAAACCCAAACUUAACUUGCUUACACCCGGAUCCCAAGCACGGCUACUCUCUAACAUGAUCUCAGAGAUGAAGUUAGUGGUCCCCUGGGGCCACAUCGCAGCUAAGGCAUGGGGAUCUCCACAAGGCCGCCCUGUCCUCUGUUUGCACGGAUGGCUGGACAAUGCAAACACUUUCAACAGGCUCAUCCCCCUACUUCCCAAAGAUUGUUACUACAUGGCCAUUGAUCUUGCAGGACACGGCCUGUCAUCCCACCGCCCACCUGGGGCAGUCUAUCACUUCUUGGAUUAUGUGGGUGACGUGCGCAGGGUAGCAGCAGCAAUGAAAUGGAAUCGGUUUACCCUUAUGGGCCACAGUUUGGGUGGGAGUAUUGCAGGCAUGUUCUCUUGUAUUUUCCCCGAACUGGUGGACAAGCUGAUCCUGGUGGAAUCCUAUGGUUUUUAUCCUGCACCUCAGGGUUAUCAAAGGGGCCCAGGAUUACAUGCAGAAAAGAAGCCGAGGUUCCUGUUUACCCCUAGAGAUGCUUUCUCACGUUUAGAGGAAGUGGAGAAGAUUUGCAAGUCCCAGCGGGAGGUAAUUGAGGAACUGCUGAAUUUUGAGACCAGCAAGUACCAUUCCCCCAAAGUACGCAGUCCUGAAGCAGCCCUUCAGAGGUUAUUGGAAGCAAACAGCCAUCUAACAGAAGAGAGUGCCAAGGUACUGAUGGAGCGAGGGGCUUCUGAGGUGGCAGGAGGUUUGGUUUAUAACAGAGAUUUAAGGGUCCUUGUGCAGAACAGCAGUUUUGUGUCUCUGGAUCAAUGUUGCACCAUCCUGAAGAAAAUCGAGGCUGAUAUACUGAUGAUCAGAGCACAAAAUGGGAUUUUUACCAAUCCUCCUAAAGGUAGCACCCCAUACUUUGUAGAGCCACUUGAGGAAGCAUUCAGGACCAGCCUAAAAGAGCGUUACCAAUUUGUGGAAGUUGCUGGCAAUCAUUUUGUCCACCUGAAUGAGCCCCAAGUCGUGGCCGGGAUCAUCAACACCUUCUUAAAUAAGGACCAGAAACCCAGAGCCAGCCUGUAAGCAGUGCCUACCUCCACCAUCAUGACUAACCCUUCCUAGAGAACAGAUGGAUGCCUUAGAAAGAAUCAGUCCUGAGGAGGAUGCCAUGGGACUACCUGCAGAGCAUCUUGCACAACUACCUUGUGGCGCGGUGGGGGCAGCUUGCACAGACAUUUAGCACGAACCAUUCUUUGUUCUGUUUCUACUGAAUGGCUCAGUCAGAUUCAGUUCUUCAUGAGUGCCUUAGUCCAGAUACACAUAUGUUGGGUGAGUGGAUUUGUCUUAAAAUGUUAAUUCAUGUCCUGGAUUAUGAUUUUCUGGGCCAGAACCUGGUGUUCUAACUAGGUAACAACUGUUAGUUCAGUGAAGGAAACAUUUUAGCCACUCAUGCUAGUUUAGGUAUUAAAACUAAGUUUGUCGCAGCUUG